AAUGGCAGAAAGAGGACAUGCAUUAAAAUAGGAUAUAAGUAAAUUAGCUUGGGAAGAGACUGAUUUUCCAAUUGUUUGCAAUAAUUGCCUUGGAGAAAAUCCUUACAUAAGAAUGGUACAAAUAUAUUGUUUAAUAAUUUAAAAGCUUAAAGAUAGAUUUGGAAAGGAAUGUAGAAUCUGUGCUAGACCAUUCACAACUUUCAAAUGGAAGCCAGGGAAUAAUUCAAGAUAAAAAUAAACUGAAGUUUGUUAGACUUGUGGCAAAAUUAAAAAUAUUUGCUAAGCUUGUUUUAAAGAUUUAGAAUUUAAUAUGGGAUUAUGCACAAGAGAUAAAUUUUUAGGAGAUUCAAAAAUUGAAAUACCUGAACAUACAGCAAAUAGAGAUUAUUGGGCUGAAUAAGCUAAUCGUCAGAUUGAAAGAUUGAUUUUACCAUAUGAUAAACCUUUACCUAUGUUAGAUCAAAUUUUAAAAGAACCAAGAUUAGCAGAUGUAAAUAAUUAAUUAAAUGAUGGAAAAUCAGAACCAGCUAAUUAAAUUUAUGCAGAGCCAUUAGAAAAUCCUUAAGAUAUUGAUCUAUUAUAUAAGGAAAAGUUUGAAGCCAAAGGUUUGUUACCACCUGAUGAUCCAAAGAUAAGUAGUCUCUAUAUUUCCCAUAUGUCAACUGAUAUCAAGGAAUCAGAUUUAAAGUAUAAUUAAUUAUUUAAAUAGACAUUUAUUUUCAAAAUUUGGAAAACUUAAUUCAAUUAAAAUAAUGGAACAUGGUUAAAGUUGUUUCAUCAAUUUUGCAAAAAGAAAAGAUGCAGAAACAGCUGUAAAUGCAUUAUAUAAUAAUUUGAUAAUAAAGGAUGUCAUAUGCAAAAUUCAAUGGGCUAGAGCACCAAAUAAAAAAGUUCCAAUUAAAGGUAUUUUUUAUAAAAUAAUAAAUAGAUCUAAUCUAAUCCUUAUAGCCAGAAGAGAAUAAUAAAGCUCAACCACCAUAAGCUCCUCCAUAAAAUAUUGAUAAACGCUAACAAUCUGAAGAUAAGUAUACUUAUUAUAUAAUAUUUUUAGUUUGCUUAUAGGAUUACUCAAUACAUAAAUGACAUAUCCUAAUUAAAAUCCAUAUUAAAAGGGAGGUGUUAAUAAUAAAGAUAUAUGA